UUUAAUUUACGGCAGUCAGAAGAUCCGCUUUUUCUCUACUAUAUUUAACACUACUAGUACUAACAAAAUAGAAAACCCCCUCUGUUUUUUCCCUCUCUUCCUCGACUCUGGCUGUUGAUCCGUGAAAGCUAUUGUUUGUUGAUGGUCAUCUAAGUUCGUUUCAAACGAUAAGAAGAGAGUGAUUUUGAUUUGUUUAAUCAGUGAGAGAUGGUUGCCUUUGGGAAGAAGUUGAAGGAAAGACAAAUUCAGGAAUGGCAAGGAUACUACAUAAACUACAAAUUAAUGAAGAAGAAAGUCAACCAGUAUGCUCGUCAAAUAGAAGUUGGGACACAAGAUCAUCGACAUGUUCUAAAGGAUUUCUCAAGAAUGCUGGAUAAUCAGAUUGAGAAGAUUGUACUCUUUCUGUUAGAGCAACAAGGCCUACUUGGAAGCAGGUUAACAAAGCUUAGAGAACAGCAUGAUGCUCUUGAGGAGCCGUCGGAAAUAGCCCAAAUAAUUGAACUAAGAGAGGCUUAUAGAGCAGUGGGACAAGAUCUUUUGAUGCUUCUCUAUUUUGUUGAAAUAAAUGCUAUUGGUCUACGAAAGAUAUUGAAAAAGUUUGAUAAGCGUUUUCACUAUAGAUUCACUGAUUACUAUGUCAAAACUCGAGCUAAUCAUCCUUACUCUCAGCUGCAGCAAGUGUUCAAGCAUGUGGGUUUAGGGGCUGUUGUUGGGGCAAUAUCUCGUAAUCUUCAUGAACUUCAGGACCGUCAAGGAAGCUACUUAUCAAUUUAUGAUCCACCUGCCCUUCCUCUCCAGGAUCCUAUGGUUGAUUCAAUAAAAGCGGCUGUGGAUAGGUUAAGUCACUCAACAAACUUUCUAAACUUUCUGGCACAACAUGCUCUCAUUAUGCAAGAAGAGCUACCUGCUCCUAUUGAGGAACACAUUGAUGAGGAGAGAUACCAUUUUAUGUCACUCCUCUUGAACUUAGCAAACACAUUCCUUUAUAUGGUCAAUACAUAUAUUAUUGUCCCCACUGCAGAUGACUACUCCAUGAGCCUUGGAGCUGCUGCAACAGUUUGUGGUAUCGUUAUUGGGGCAAUGGCUGUUGCACAGGUGUUUUCUUCUGUGUAUUUUAGCGCAUGGUCUAAUAGAUCUUACUUCAGACCUCUCAUAUUUAGCAGUAUUGUCCUCUUUGUGGGAAAUACCAUGUACGCGAUGGCUUAUGAUCUGAACUCAUUAACAAUUCUUCUACUGGGUCGGCUUUUUUGUGGAUUUGGUUCUGCUAGAGCUGUUAACCGCCGGUAUAUCAGUGAUUGUGUACCAUUAAAAAUCCGAAUGCAGGCAUCAGCUGGCUUUGUUAGUGCCAGUGCUUUGGGGAUGGCUUGUGGUCCCGCUCUUGCUGGCAUACUUCAGACAAAUUUCAAGAUUUAUAAGUUUACAUUUAAUGAAGACACUUUGCCAGGAUGGGUUAUGUCUGUAGCUUGGCUUGUAUAUCUGAUAUGGUUGUGGAUCUCAUUUAAAGAACCAUCUCGUGAUAUUGAAGAGAAUAAUUCACCUCAUGCAUCUACUUCUAAAACAGCAGAAAAUGAUGCACUUGAGGAUGGUCUUAAACAAGCACUGCUCAUUACUUCAGAAGAGAAGCAAGAAGAUGAUGAAGACCCAGAAGGUGAUGGAAGUGAAGAAACUUCUAAGGAAUCUCGUCAACCAGCUACAUCAAUCGCAUCAGCGUAUAGACUACUUACACCCUCAGUAAAGGUUCAGUUGUUGAUAUAUUUCAUGCUCAAGUAUGCAAUGGAAAUUUUAGUCUCAGAAUCCAGUGUCAUCACCUCAUACUACUUCAACUGGUCUACAAGCAAAGUUGCCAUCUUUCUUGCAUGUCUUGGCUUAACAGUUCUUCCAGUAAACAUUGUUGUUGGGAGCUACAUUAGCAACAUGUUUGAAGACAGGCAAAUUUUGUUGGCAUCUGAAAUUAUGGUUUGCAUAGGCAUCCUGCUAAGCUUCCAUAUAAUAAUACCAUACAAUGUGCCCCAGUAUGUCUGCUCUGGGCUAAUCAUGUUUGUUUUUGCCGAAGUACUUGAAGGUGUCAACUUGUCACUGCUUUCUCGGGUAAUGUCAUCUAGGCUGUCCCGUGGAACCUACAAUGGAGGACUACUUUCAACAGAAGCUGGGACUAUUGCUCGAGUGAUUGCCGAUGCCACAAUUACACUGGCUGGGUACUUAGGUCAGAGUCUGCUUUUGAAUAUCACUCUACUUCCUUCACUACUCAUAUGCAUCUCCUCUAUUAUUGCGACCUGCUUUACCUACAACUCUUUGUAUUAAUCGAUUAUUCCCUUCACAAUUCCAUCCUUGAUUUUUUUUCCCUUUACAAUUAAUUUUUUUUUUAUAUUUUUUUCAUAAUAAUGCUGUAUGUGGUGAGAAACUUGGGCAUUGAUUAUCCUCUAUAAUUGUAUUUUAAUAAAAGUUUGGUUCCCUUCUAUUGAAGGCUCCAAAUAUAUCUACAACGAUAUAUUUUCUUUGCCAAUAAUCGAGUGAUCUGUAAGUAAAUUACUUGACUCUUAUCUCUAAUUAUCUAGCAGUCUCAAAUAGAAAAAAAAAUGUUGCUUUUUCUUUUGGUUGAAUAGCUUCAAAAGUUGGUACUCAAGAGGAUAUUACUUCAGACUUUCAUCUUGUUAGGAAGAAAAUUUACUUACCAUCAAAAUUUAAUAAUAAUAAUAAUAAUAAAAAGAGUCGAUGGAACAUUUUGGAUUUAUUCUGAAGAACUUGCUUAUUUAUAUGAGUGAAGCUUUUAGUAAAAAAUGUACCAUCAAUU